AUGCUGAGAAUCGCAAAGAAACUCGUGGGAACGGCGUCGUUUAAAACGCCGAUUCCAGCCGUUAGGGUUCUUCCACGAUUCUACCACGAGAGGGUGGUGGAUCAUUACGAUAACCCCCGGAAUGUUGGAUCCUUCGAUAAGAACGACCCCACAGUAGGUACUGGUCUUGUCGGAGCACCCGCGUGUGGUGAUGUCAUGAAACUCCAGAUUAAGGUUGACGAGGUCACCGGGAAAAUCGUCGAUGCUCGUUUUAAAACCUUUGGAUGUGGAUCCGCCAUUGCUUCCUCAUCCGUCGCUACUGAAUGGGUUAAGGGAAAGCAAAUGGAAGAGGUUUUAACCAUUAAGAACACUGAGAUUGCAAAGCAUCUUUCACUCCCACCAGUUAAGCUUCACUGCAGCAUGCUUGCUGAGGACGCAAUAAAAGCAGCUGUUAAAGAUUAUGAAGCUAAAAAGGCCUCUGCGGCUGCUACUGCAUGA